CUAGUUAUUUGACGGGAUUUACCUGUGUAACGUAUAUUAGUCGUACGUUCUGACUAGCCGAUUUUAAGCGCUUCGUUCAAAUUAUUGUUCAUAAUUGUUUUGAAUGUUCUUAUGAAAAUCGCCAGUGGAACUUUUAAGACAAAAAACCACAAUAACUGUGUGGGUCAUCAGUGCAGAUCGCAUAUAGCUGAAAUGAGGAAAAAUAUAAUGCGAAGUAACAAUAGACCUGCACCCACUCGUGUACUGUUACAAAAGUUGGUUUAACUAAUAUUAAACUAUCACGUUACACGGAUUUACAACCCUGAUAUCUCCACAUCGACUGUUAGCGUGUUUUCUGUGUUACUAGUACUGCAAUUUAAGCUAUGGCGUUGUCACAAAAGGAUAAAAAGAAGGCCCUUCCUCCGGGACCAAGGCGUUACCCUGUGCUUGGAAAUCUCACACAACUUAAAGGGGAUGAGAUGCUAUAUGUGAAACUAAAUGAGAUGCGAAAGACUCAUGGGGACGUACUGUAUCUACAGUUAGGCGCUGUGAAAAUGUUGGUUGUAUUCGGACAUGAUAAAGUAAGCAAGAUUUUGCUGGAUCAAAAGGAUUCUUUUAAAUUCAGACCAAUUUGGUUAGUGGAGAUUAAAUCCCUGGAGCUUACAAAAGGUAUCGUUUGGUCAAACGGUUUACAAAACGAAAAGUUAAGGAAGUUUGCGCUCCCAACAGUCCACCCUGGGCUUGGAUCUGUCACCCUAGUUCAGAGAGUUCAGACAGAAGCAGACAUGGUUGCAAAAGCCCUCUUAAAGGAGAAGGGAGAUUCAGCAACACUGAAGAAAGUAUUUUAUCAAGCAAUUUGCAAUAUCAACUGCGGAUUGAUAUUUGGGUCAAGAUAUGAGUACACCGACAGUGAGUUCCAAGAGUUUAUCUGCUUGAUGGACCAGCUGCUUCAGAGACAGGGUGUUAAAAAUCCACUCAACUUUUUCCCUAUCUUGCAAAAAUUGCCCGAAUCAAAGAAGACAAAGGAAACAAAAUGUGUCAUAUCAAAGGUCUCAGAAUUUAUCCACACAAAAAUUGCAGCUGCAAGAGAAAAGUUCGACAGUGGUAACAUUGGCAGCCUUUUAGAUGCUUAUCUAGCACAAGAAGAUGCCGAAAAUUCUGUAACAGAGGAAAACGUGUACCAUAUUGUGAGGGAUUUCUUUGUGGCCGGGACUGAAAAUGUUGCAAUCGGUCUAGUAUGGCUCAUUGGGUAUAUGGCGAUACACACAGACGUGCAGGAGAAAUGUAGAAAUUGUAUUGUUGAGACGUUAGGUGGCAAGCAGACAGCGGAUAUGGAGGAUAUAAAGAAGAUGCCGUAUGUGGAAGCUACCGUGCAAGAGGUUCUUCGCCUAGCUAAUAUCGCACCAUUGUCAGUACCUCAUGCCGUGCAUGAAGAGGUCGAAUUUGAGGGGUUUAUAGUUCCAAAAGACACAAUGGUUUUAACGCACCUACAGUCUGUUCAUACUGAUCCGAAUUACUGGGAAGAUUCAGAAACAUUUAAUCCAGACAGAUUUAUUGGAGCGGAAGGCACACUUGAAAAGAAAGACGCAUUUUAUCCAUACUCCAUAGGUUCAAGAUAUUGUCUUGCUGCAAAACUGGCGCAAAUGGAACUGCUCAUUACAUUUAGCACACUUUUGAAACGUUUUAAAUUUACCGAUGGUCCACAGUCUUUAAAUCCAAGCCAACCUGGCGCUUUUGUUGAACCGCAGAAUUUCAGUGUUACUUGGACGCCAAUAGAAUCAGUGAACUAGAUGUCAUACGUUUUAUGUUGCGGACUAGCAUUAAUUAGAAAACUGUUGGAGAAGUAACAUAGAAACUAAAACAUCAAAAAGUGGAAGUGUUUCUUGUGCAUCUGUGCAUCUGUUGAAGGUUACCAAUCAGUACAUCUGAAAACAUAAUUAUGCAAAUUUUGGAUACAUAUAGCGAUUAGAAGUGUCAAAGUGUGGACGAUAUAUAGUUCAUGAAUUAUUCUAAUUAUUACAUAUAAAAAGACGUUAACGCAAGUAAUAUAUUACUGAUCCUAAAAUAGUUUGUCCUCUAUAUCGAUUCUCCCAGAAAAGUAACCAUUGACAUAUACCAUAUAUCAAGUUCUGAAAUAUUGUAUUUUUUGCAUUGUAUUUGACAAGUGAUGUUAUUGCUAAGUUUUGAAAAUGUAGAGAUAGUACUUACCAGAAACUCUAUAUUUAUACGUAUUAACGUCCAACUUCUACAUGUAGGCUAUGCGAUGCAGAUCUAAAGCUUUCGUAUUGUUUUCCUCAGUAAAUUGCUUUCAAAUAUAUCUAAAUAUGUCUCGGAAAAGAAUUUGACUUUAAACAGAAUAUGAUAUUCUAAUUUUGAUAAAUUCUGAGUCGACACUUUCCACUUUUGUGUGUACUGAUCGCGUAACCGUUCAAACAUACCAUAAUAGUUACAGUUGGAAUCAAACUCCAACAAGACAUCACUAAAACCUAAACUGUCCCUCAAAAUGUUUAUUUUAUGAGACCAUUAAUUAACAUUUUGGCUUUUGAAUUCUUCAGUUAAUUAUCCAUACAUAGUAGGCAUAUCUUAGUUCUUCCCUAUUUUGAUCCAAAUAAUUGAAGAUUCUCUCUCUUAUGGCAAUAGACAAUGGAAAACGGCAAUGUUCUCCAAAACAAGGCAAGUUCGGGGUUCAAUUACUCACACCCAAGACAUGUUUACAACAUUUUAAUUGUACUUUAUCAAUUUCUUUAAAAUCUUAGAAUCGUAAAUUUCCCAAAUAUCAGGUGCAACCAUUGAAUCAAAAAGUGACAGAUCAUUUAGUUAAAAGAUAUCUCUGUUCUUAUAUUUUCUGGUCAUGUUCGGUAUUAUUCAGAUACUGAACCGCUAACCGGGCAAUAGUAAACAGGUUUGACUAUAACCCGGAAAGCCAUUAAAUAAGUGUUUUAUUAUUGCACAUUCAUAUCUCUCAUGAAGAGGUUCGGUCAAACCAAGUAUGCUAUUAUUGUGAUUGUUUGCAUUUAAGACUUCCAGAGGAUGUUGUCUUAAAUUUUCUUACGCCUUUGUUUAAAAGUGAUUGUUAAAUAUAUAUACCUUUGCUAAGGGAUAGUUUAUUUGUUUGCUAAUAAUAAUGCUAUAAAUUAGUUGUAAAUAAAACUAACUAUUA